AAAAAAGAGGGUGGCAAAGCCACUGUGGAGACUGAUGGAGGAAAGACUGUCACUGUAAAAGAAGAGGACAUCCAUCCCAGAAACCCUCCAAAGUUUGACAAGAUUGAGGACAUGGCCAUGAUGACCCACCUCAAUGAGCCUUGUGUGCUGUUUAACCUUAAAGAUCGUUUUGCAUCAUGGAUGAUCUACACCUACUCUGGGUUGUUCUGUGUGGUCGUGAAUCCCUACAAGUGGCUUCCUGUGUAUGAUGCUGUUGUUGUGGGAGCAUACAGAGGCAAGAAGAGGAUUGAGGCUCCACCCCACAUCUUCUCCAUCUCUGACAAUGCCUAUCAGUUCAUGCUCACUGAUCGUGAGAACCAGUCUGUCCUGAUUACCGGAGAAUCCGGUGCUGGAAAGACUGUCAACACCAAGCGUGUCAUCCAGUACUUUGCAACAAUUGCAGCUCUUGCUGGCAAAAAAGAAGCAGCAGCCCAAACCUCUGGCAAAAUGCAGGGCUCUCUUGAGGACCAGAUUGUUGCUGCCAACCCUCUGCUUGAGGCCUAUGGUAAUGCCAAGACUGUGAGGAAUGACAACUCCUCUCGUUUUGGUAAAUUCAUCAGGAUCCACUUUGGCACUUCUGGAAAGCUGUCUUCAGCUGAUAUUGAAACUUAUCUGCUGGAGAAGUCCCGUGUCACCUUCCAGCUGUCUGCUGAGAGGAGCUACCAUAUCUUCUAUCAGCUGAUGACAGGCCACAAGCCUGAACUUCUGGAGGCUCUGCUGAUCACCACCAACCCCUAUGAUUAUCCCAUGAUCAGCCAGGGUGAAAUCACAGUCAAGAGCAUCAAUGACGUGGAAGAGUUCAUUGCAACAGAUACUGCAAUUGACAUCUUGGGCUUCACUGCUGAUGAGAAAAUCAACAUCUACAAGCUGACUGGUGCUGUGAUGCAUCAUGGAAACAUGAAAUUCAAGCAGAAGCAGCGUGAGGAGCAGGCUGAACCAGACGGCACUGAGGUGGCUGAUAAGAUUGCCUACCUCUUUGGCCUGAACUCAGCUGAUAUGCUGAAAUCUCUGUGCUACCCAAGAGUCAAAGUCGGAAAUGAGAUGGUCACCAAAGGUCAGACCGUCCCACAGGUCAACAAUGCUGUCUCAGCUCUGUGCAAGUCUGUCUAUGAGAAAAUGUUCUUGUGGAUGGUCAUCCGUAUCAAUGAGAUGCUGGACACAAAGCAGCCAAGAGCAUUCUUCAUUGGAGUGUUGGACAUUGCUGGAUUUGAGAUCUUUGAUUUCAACAGCUUGGAGCAGCUCUGCAUUAACUUCACCAAUGAGAAACUGCAACAGUUCUUCAACCAACACAUGUUUGUGCUGGAACAAGAAGAGUACAAGAAGGAGGGUAUUGAGUGGGAGUUCAUUGACUUYGGUAUGGACUUGGCUGCCUGCAUUGAGCUUAUUGAGAAGCCACUGGGCAUCUUCUCCAUCCUUGAAGAGGAGUGCAUGUUCCCCAAGGCCUCUGAUACAACUUUCAAGAACAAGCUGAUUGAUCAGCAUCUUGGCAAGACCAAGGCCUUUGAGAAGCCAAAGCCUGSMAAGGGCAARGCUGAGGCUCACUUCUCCCUGGUUCACUAUGCUGGUACAGUGGACUACAACAUCACUGGCUGGCUGGACAAGAACAAGGACCCACUGAACGACUCAGUUGUUCAGCUCUACCAGAAGUCUGGAAACAAACUGCUGUGCUUCCUCUAUGCAGCCCAUGCCUCAGCUGAAGCUGAGUCUGGUGGUGGAAAGAAGGCGGGUAAGAAGAAGGGUGGUUCCUUCCAGACUGUGUCUGCUCUUUUCAGGGAGAACUUGGCCAAGCUGAUGACCAACUUGAGGAGCACUCAUCCUCACUUUGUGCGUUGCCUGAUCCCCAAUGAAACAAAGACCCCAGCCCUGCUGGAUAACUUCUUGGUUAUCCAUCAGCUGAGGUGUAACGGUGUGCUGGAGGGCAUCAGAAUCUGCAGAAAGGGAUUCCCAAGCAGAAUCCUCUACGGUGACUUCAAGCAGAGAUACAAAGUAUUGAAUGCCAGUGUCAUCCCUGAGGGACAAUUUAUUGACAACAAGAAAGCUUCAGAGAAGCUGCUGGGCUCCAUUGAUGUGGACCACACUCAGUACAGAUUUGGACACACAAAGGUGUUCUUCAAAGCUGGUCUGCUGGGUACUCUUGAGGAGAUGAGAGAUGAGAAAUUGGCUUCACUGGUGACCAUGACUCAGGCUCUUUGCAGAGGUUAUGUGAUGAGGAAGGAGUUUGUUAAGAUGAUGGAGAGGAGGGAGUCCAUCUACGCAAUCCAGUACAACAUUCGUUCUUUCAUGAAUGUGAAAAACUGGCCAUGGCUGAAACUCUACUUCAAGAUCAAGCCUCUUCUGAAGAGUGCUGAGACUGAGAAAGAGCUGCAGAACAUGAAGGAGAAUUAUGAGAAGAUGAAAGAGAAGAAAGCUCUCCAAGAGGCUCAUCAACAAACACUGGAUGACCUCCAGGCAGAGGAAGACAAAGUCAACACUCUGACAAAGGCCAAGACAAAGCUGGAACAGCAAGUGGACGAUCUUGAAGGCUCACUGGAACAAGAGAAGAAGCUCCGCAUGGACCUUGAGAGAGCCAAGAGAAAGCUUGAAGGAGAUCUGAAACUGGCCCAGGAGUCCAUAAUGGAUCUGGAGAAYGACAAGCAGCAAUCUGAUGAGAAAAUCAAGAAGAAGGACUUUGAAAUCAGYCAACUCCUCAGCAAGAUUGAGGAUGAACAGUCCCUUGGUGCUCAGCUUCAGAAGAAGAUCAAGGAGCUCCAGGCUCGCAUUGAGGAGCUGGAAGAGGAGAUUGAGGCUGAGAGGGCUGCUCGUGCUAAAGUAGAGAAGCAGAGGGCUGACCUCUCCAGGGAGCUUGAGGAGAUCAGUGAGAGGCUGGAGGAAGCUGGUGGAGCAACAGCUGCUCAGAUUGAGAUGAACAAGAAGCGUGAGGCUGAGUUCCAGAAGCUGCGUCGUGACCUUGAAGAAGCCACCCUGCAGCAUGAAGCCACUGCAGCAGCUCUCCGCAAGAAGCAGGCCGACAGCGUUGCUGAGCUGGGRGAGCAGAUCGACAACCUGCAGCGUGUCAAGCAGAAGCUGGAGAAGGAGAAGAGUGAGUACAAGAUGGAGAUUGAUGACCUCUCAAGCAACAUGGAGGCUGUUGCCAAAGCAAAGGGCAACUUGGAGAAAAUGUGCAGAACUCUUGAGGACCAACUGAGUGAACUCAAAGCCAAGAAUGAUGAGAAUGUUCGCCAGCUGAAUGACACUAAUGCACAGAAAGCAAGACUUCAGACAGAGAGUGGUGAACUGGCUCGCCAGGUUGAGGAGAAAGAAGGUCUCGUUUCACAGCUAACCAGAGGCAAGCAGGCUUUCACUCAGCAGAUUGAGGAACUCAAGAGACACGUGGAGGAGGAAGUGAAGGCCAAGAAUGCCCUGGCCCAUGCUGUCCAGUCUGCCCGCCAUGACUGUGACCUGCUCAGAGAGCAGUUUGAGGAGGAGCAGGAGGCCAAGGCUGAGCUGCAGAGAGGCAUGUCCAAGGCCAACAGUGAGGUGGCUCAGUGGAGAUCCAAAUAUGAGACUGAUGCCAUCCAGCGCACUGAGGAGCUGGAGGAGGCCAAGAAAAAGCUUGCCCAGCGCCUGCAGGAGGCUGAGGAAUCCAUUGAGGCUGUGAACUCCAAGUGUGCCUCUUUGGAGAAGACCAAGCAGAGACUACAAGGUGAGGUGGAGGAUCUCAUGAUUGACGUGGAGAGAGCUAAUGCUCUGGCUGCCAACCUUGACAAGAAGCAGAGGAACUUUGACAAGGUCCUGGCAGAAUGGAAGCAGAAGUAUGAGGAGAGCCAGGCUGAGCUGGAGGGAGCCCAGAAGGAGGCUCGUUCUCUGAGCACUGAGCUGUUCAAGAUGAAGAACUCUUAUGAGGAGGCCCUGGAUCAGCUGGAGACCAUGAAGAGGGAGAACAAGAACCUGCAGCAGGAGAUCUCAGAUCUGACUGAACAGAUUGGUGAGACUGGAAAGAGCAUCCAUGAGCUGGAGAAAGCCAAAAAGACUGUGGAGACAGAAAAAACUGAAAUUCAGGCUGCACUGGAGGAAGCCGAGGGCACUCUGGAGCACGAGGAGGCCAAGAUUCUCCGUGUCCAGCUUGAGCUCAACCAGGUCAAGAGUGAGAUUGACAGGAAGCUGGCUGAGAAGGAUGAGGAAAUGGAGCAGAUCAAGAGAAACAGCCAGAGGGUGAUUGACUCCAUGCAGAGCACUCUUGAUGCUGAGGUCAGGAGCAGGAAUGAUGCCCUGAGAGUCAAGAAGAAGAUGGAGGGAGACCUGAAUGAGAUGGAGAUUCAGCUGAGCCAUGCCAACAGGCAGGCUGCUGAGGCCCAGAAACAACUGAGGAAUGUUCAGGGACAGCUCAAGGAUGCCCAACUGCACCUUGAUGAUGCUSUYAGAGGACAGGAGGAYAUGAAGGAGCAGGUUGCCAUGGUGGAGCGCAGGAAUGGUCUGAUGUUGGCUGAGAUUGAGGAGCUGAGAGCUGCUCUGGAACAGACAGAGAGAUCACGAAAAGUGGCUGAGCAGGAGUUGGUUGAUGCCAGUGAGCGUGUUGGACUGCUUCACUCUCAGAACACCAGCCUUAUAAACACCAAGAAGAAGCUGGAAACAGAUCUUGUCCAGGUUCAGGGUGAGGUGGACGAUGCUGUUCAGGAAGCAAGAAAUGCUGAGGAGAAAGCCAAGAAAGCCAUCACUGAUGCUGCCAUGAUGGCUGAGGAGCUGAAGAAGGAGCAGGACACCAGUGCUCACUUGGAGAGGAUGAAGAAGAACCUGGAGGUCACUGUUAAGGACCUGCAGCACCGUCUGGAUGAGGCCGAGAACCUCGCCAUGAAGGGUGGCAAGAAGCAGCUUCAGAAACUGGAGCAGAGGGUGCGUGAACUGGAAUCUGAAGUUGAUGCUGAGCAGAAACGUGGAGCUGAUGCUGUUAAAGGAGUCCGCAAAUAUGAGAGGAGAGUGAAGGAACUGACCUACCAGACUGAGGAGGACAAGAAGAAUUUGRUCAGACUUCAGGACCUGGUGGACAAGCUGCAGCUCAAAGUCAAGGCUUACAAGAGACAAGCUGAGGAGGCUGAGGAGCAGGCCAACACCCACAUGUCCAGGCUCAGGAAGGUCCAGCAUGAGAUGGAGGAGGCUCAGGAGCGUGCUGACAUCGCUGAGUCCCAGGUCAACAAGCUCAGAGCCAAGAGCCGUGACUCCGGAAAGAGUGACUCUGCUGAAUAAGUGACCACAAGUAAAUGAAGCUGUUCAACAGAGUUCAUAAAAUAUGAAUUAACUGUUGAAUUAUUUUUCCAUUGUACUACUUCAAUAAAUAGGCAUUUACAUAAUAUGAAA